AUGCAUGAGCAGGCAAAAGAGUUAUCACCGUCAUCUACGUUGCAUGCGACGAACUGUUCACAAUGCAUUGUUUCAUUUUCUCAACGACGUAUAUGGUUGGAUCUUCAGCUUAUCAAGGACUCGUUGACACAGCCAACUUUCACUAAUAUUAUUAUACCUGUAAUCGUGAAGAGCAGCACUGUGUCAAUUGAACGCGUUCGUUCAGCUGUUCUUAGUGUUCUCCUGCAGCAUAAAAUUCUCCGAACAAGUGUUCUUCUCCAUCCAAAAAUCAAUCAACUUGAGAAAAAAGUACAACCCGUUGCUAAUAAUGAUUGUUAUUCGUUUCAGUUGACAUGUGGUAUCGAUGUAGGACAAGACAUUCAUAAUCUAUUAUCGGCCGAAACAAGACUUCAUUUUGCUGAUAUUGAAAACGGUCUACUUCUGCGGUGCCACGUGAUAAAAAUCAGCAUUACGGACGUCGGACAUUUGUAUCCAGGUGACUUAAUUGUUUUUUCAGUACAUCCCAUUGCAUUCGACGUAAAUUCUAUCAAGCUCUUUUAUGAUUCGUUCGUUGAAGCAUACCACUAUGGCAGAGGUAACGCUACGCCUCUUCAAUAUAUCGAUUGCACUCUGUACGAAAACGCGGCAGAAACUCAAACAAGGAACUUUUGGUCGAUGUUAAUGCAUAACUACAACUGGAAUAAAGAUAAUCCAUUACUUUCUAUCUCUAAAAGUGACAGCAACAUACGAUCUGGUUCGCAUCAUUCUGUAAUCUUAACUCUUGAGAACAGCCUAGUUGACACACAAGAGAAAUUUGUUCUAUUCCACGAUAUCUCAAUAUUUCAACUAAAUUUAGCUUGUUACUUUGCUUUUCUCUAUUCACUUACGAAUGGAACUAUAACUGAUCUAUCCGUAAUCAGUUCGGUCAAUACUCGUUCGUUACCUGAAAUGACUUCAAUAAUUGGUCCAUUUAUUAAUCUUCUGCCUUAUCGCAUUCAGAUCAUUCAAAAUGAAUCAUUUUCUGACUUCAUACUACGAGUGAAACGCCUUUGUUCAGAUAUACGUGAGCAUGCGUUAUAUUUUUACCAAACAAAUUCGGAUCCCAACAAUGUUCCAGUGAUGCAAAAAAGCGCGAUUUAUUUUGAGUAUGUUCCCAAGUUGUCAUCUUCUACCCAUGAAACACCAUCGCAGGACGGAAAGUGGGAUGCUACAUUCGAUCUUUAUGAAGAGAAAACAUGGACGCUUAAUUGCAACACGACACCAUAUGAUUUUUCCUUAACUGUGUUUCAUGAUAACAAAGCGAAAACAAUCCAGUACCUAUUUCAAUGCAGCGCACAAUUAUGUGACCGGAACGUCCUUAGUGAAACAAGUCAGCUGUUUCUAGACGUUCUCACGCAUUUACUUUCUUCAAACAACGACGCGUUCCUACAACCGUUGUCCUUUCUACCAACAGAUGAGAUUACCGCCACGACUUUUCAUCGCCUACCUAAUGUACUCAACUCUGGACCAGCUUCGUAUGCACAAGCUCGCAUUUGGCUAGAUGAACAGGUUCGUUUCGAUCCAGACAAACCUCAAGUUGCCAUCUACAAUAUGCCGUUUCUCUAUCACAUCUUACCAUCAGC